AUGCUCACAUCAUUGAAUCAUAUCGAAGGCAACAAUUGUCAACAAGCGCUUGACUGCGCACUUCAACUUCGACAAACAUUUGAUCAAAACACGCUUCAAUCAGCUGUCGGCUCUCACGAAUUGAUGAAUAUAGCAUUUUGGUAUAUAAACUCAAAUUAUUUUGGUUCACGAUGUCAAUGGCAAAAUCAACGUAUUAGUUUAACACUUCAAUUUCGCCGAGACUUAAUCAUACCAUGUUCUGCUCUAUUUCAAAGUGUCAUUAUGCUCAUCGACAAGGAUGGAUUUAUUGCACCAUAUCAUGAACAGAUUUUUCAUGUACCAAUACAGUUCAAUGUCCUUUUUAUCAAAAUACCCCCAUUAUCAUUACUACUAUUUAGGUGUUCUUCAUGA